AUGUGCUACAAAGUCGUCGAGCGUUACUCCGUCUGCAAGUGCAUCUACUUCAAACACUCCAUUGACCCCUGCUCUGCGUACGGUCAGCGCGGCCACGCCGUGCAGGAAAAGACCGUGUUGGUGGGGUAUGUGUGCCCGAGACAUUCUGCGCGGGGCUGCUCUGCUUCGCCCGACGCUGGUCGUUGGCCGGAUUCGGGGUAUGAGAGUUCCAAGUCGCAUCGCUAG